AUGUUAAUCCUCAUUUUAUUUUCAACUUUAUUCUUUCAAAUCAAUGCAGAUUCGUUCUCUUGUCCAACAAAUGUGACAUGUCUGCAAAAAGAAACAUGUUGUGAAACAACAACUGGUCUAUGGGCAUGUUGUCCAAUGGAAAGUGGAGUUUGUUGUAAUGAUGGACUUCAUUGUUGUCCAAAAGAUCAUCUUUGUUUGUCAAAUGGAACUUGUCAUUCUGCAACGAAUCAAUCUUCAUCAUUAUCUUUUCCUCUGAAAGAUACUUUAUCAAUAGUUUCAUGUCCAGAUGGAAGUUCAUGUCCCAAUGGAAAUACAUGUUGUCAAAUAUCAUCAGGAGAAUAUGCGUGUUGUCCUUUACCUGAUGCUGUUUGUUGUAGUGAUUCAAUUCAUUGUUGUCCAAAUGGAUACGAAUGUAAUGUCGAAAGAGGACAAUGUUUACAAGACAAAUCUUCCAUACCGUGGGCAACGAAGAUUUCAUCAAUUCGCAAAGAUAAUCCAAUAGAUUUCUCUCCAUUAAAGAUCAACACUCAAAUUAUUUGUCCUGAUGCCACAAGUUUGUGUCCAUCGACAUCAACAUGUUGUUUAACAAAACAGUUAACCUGGGGUUGUUGUCCAAUUGAAAAAGCAGUAAACAUAGUUAAUUUGAAAUCAAAAUUUAUACAAAAAUUAUUUAAGGUUUGCUGUGCUGAUCAUAUUCAUUGUUGUCCAACACAUUAUAAAUGUAAUUUACAUGAAUCAAAAUGUGAUCAUCCAUUGUUCAAUUCAAUUCCUCUAUUGAAAAAACACAAAUCGAUAAAAUUAUCGAAAACGAUUCGAAAACCACUUGUUGAACAAACGUCUUUAUCAACAAUUCAAUGUCCUGACAAAAAAUCUUAUUGUCCAGAAGAAACAACAUGUUGUCAAUUAGGAGAUGGGUCAUAUGGAUGUUGUCCAUAUGCUGAAGCAUCCUGUUGUUCCGAUAAAAUUCAUUGUUGUGAAAAAGGUUAUUCAUGUGAUAUAACCUCUAAACGAUGUAUAAGAAGUUUUAUUCAACCAUUUGGUUUAUUGAAUCCAGUUGAAGAUAUUUUAUGUCCAGAUGGAAUAACUCAAUGUUCAUCAACAACAACUUGUUGUCCAAAUAAAGAUAAAGAUCCAGUUUCAUAUUCAUGUUGUCCUUAUGCAAAAGGUGUUUGUUGCGGAAGAAAUGGUUCUAUUUGUUGUCCCAAUAAUUAUCAAUGUGAUGAAACUCAACUAUCUUGUCAAUUACAAGAUUCAAAAAGUUUAUUGAGAAAUCGUCGACAAAUUGAUAUUGAUUUUCAUCAAUGUGGCCUAUCAGAUUUUGGUUGUUCAGCAAGUCAAACAUGUUGUCGUACAUAUGGUUCAUCAGAUGGAGAUUAUGCUUGUUGCAAUUUUCCUGGAGCUCAAUGCUGUGAAGAUGGUCGACAUUGUUGUCCAAAAGGUACAAGAUGUGAUACACAAUAUGGUGGUUGUAUUCAAGAAUGA